AUCCUAAUUGAUCAAGAAUUAGCAGAGCUAGCCCGCGAUGGACGAAGACACCCUUUUUCCCUGCGAGGCAGAUCUAGACCUUAGCUUCACCAGCUGCACCUCUACCACCACCGACCGCACCUUCGCUUGCUCAAGCGCCCGCAGUAGCUUAGCACGCAGCAGCUUGACUCUCAGCUUCAACGAGUCCCGCCUCUCAACAACCACAACUACUACCACAACCAGCACUAGUACUCCCCACUACCGCCGUCCCCACGGCAACUCCGACCCACAUUGGUCCGCCAUCAAAGCUGCCACCAACAUCUCCUCCGAUGGCAAACUCCACCUCCGCCACCUAAAGCUCCUCAGGCACCUCGGCACUGGAAACCUCGGGCGUGUCUUCCUCUGCCGUCUCAGAGACUAUGAGCACGCCAACUUCGCUCUCAAGGUGGUUGACAUGGAUUCUCUUAGCACCAAAAAGCUUUCCCACGUUCAGAUGGAGGCCAGCAUCCUCUCCAUGCUAGACCACCCUUUCCUUCCUACACUCUACGCCCACCUCCAGGUUUCUCACUACACCUGUCUCCUCAUUGACUACUGCCCGGGUGGGGACCUUCACUCCCUCCUCCGCAAACAGCCCGGCAACCGGCUCCCGCUUCAUGCCGUCAGGUUCUUCGCCGCAGAGGUCUUAGUUGCCUUGGAGUAUUUGCACGCUCUAGGUGUUGUUUACCGGGAUCUGAAGCCAGAAAACGUGUUGCUACGGGAAGACGGCCACAUCAUGCUGUCUGACUUCGACUUGUGCUUCAAGGCCGACGUAGUCCCCACACUGGAGAAGAUCCGAGCCCAAACAAGCAAGUACAGGAACUGCAGACAUACUUGCUUCGGCUCCACUACAAAAAAAGUCAACCGGAUCCGGGAGGACGUGAAGGCAGAGUUUGUUGCAGAGCCGACAACGGCAUUUUCCAGAUCCUGCGUCGGGACCCACGAGUACUUGGCGCCGGAGUUAGUCUCCGGGAACGGUCACGGUAAUGGCGUUGACUGGUGGGCUUUCGGGGUGUUCAUUUACGAACUGUGGUACGGGACCACGCCCUUCAGAGGAGGGAGCAAAGAGAGCACCCUGCGCAAUAUAGCAUCGAGCAGGCAAGUUAGAUUCCCCGUCGACGUGGGGGAGAGAAAGGAGGAUCAUGAGCGGACUGCGGCGGAGGCAAGGGAUUUGAUAGAAAAGCUACUGGUGAAGGACCCAAGGAGGAGGCUAGGUUGCGCCAGGGGUGCAACCGACAUUAAACGGCACCCUUUCUUUGAUGGGAUAAAGUGGCCGUUGAUCCGGACGUACAGGCCGCCGCCGGAAGUACGGGGGCUUCUAAGGAAGGAAAAGACGAACAUGAACGGAGACGUGAGUGUUGGGGCUAACCAGACGAUCGAGAUAUCAAGGCAGAACUGGUGUUGGUGGAAGAAACUUGGGUUUAUGGUGAAGAAGAAGAAGAAGAGGGCAAUGUCUACGCCGAAUCACAGUAACAGAAGCGAUAGACUGCUCUCCUCGUGACAAUAUCUACACUACUUAAGUACAGUAAUAAGUCAAAAUGAUAUUGAUAAUUUUAGGAAAUAUUCAUAAAUU